AUGUCCUCGACGGUUGAACAAGUUUCCAAUGUUUUUGACACCAUUUUGGUGCUUGAUUUCGGAUCUCAAUAUUCGCAUUUGAUCACCAGAAGGCUCAGAGAAUUCAACGUGUAUGCUGAAAUGUUGCCAUGCACGCAGAAAAUCUCGGAGCUUGGCUGGAAGCCCACGGGUGUUAUCUUGUCUGGUGGUCCAUACUCCGUGUACGCGGAAGACGCUCCUCAUGUCGACUUGGAUGUUUUCAAGCUUGGGGUCCCAGUGUUGGGUAUCUGCUAUGGUAUGCAGGAGCUGGCCUGGAUCAACGGUAAACAGGUUGCCCGUGGUGAAAAACGUGAGUACGGCCCAGCUACUUUGAACGUGCAAGAUGCGUCGAGUCCCUUGUUCCAGGGCAUGGACCACUCGCGUGUCUGGAUGUCUCACGGUGACAAACUUCAUGGCUUGCCUAGUGGAUUCAAGGUUAUCGCCACCUCUGACAACUCUCCAUUCUGUGGAAUUGCGCAUGAAGAGAAGCCAAUCUACGGUAUCCAAUUUCACCCAGAAGUGACUCACUCCACCCAAGGUAAAACUCUGCUUAAGAACUUCGCUGUCAACAUUUGCCGUGCGAAUCAAAACUGGACUAUGGAAAACUUCAUUGACACAGAAAUCAAACGUAUCAGAGAACUCGUUGGACCAACCGCUGAAGUUAUCGGGGCCGUUUCAGGUGGUGUCGACUCCACUGUUGCUGCUAAGUUGAUGACGGAAGCCAUUGGCGACAGAUUCCACGCCAUCUUGGUGGACAACGGUGUUUUGAGAUUGAACGAAGCCGCUAACGUCAAAAAGACGCUAGGUGAGGGUCUUCAGAUCAAUCUCACUGUCGUUGAUGCUGCAGACGAGUUUUUGGAUAAAUUAAAAGGUGUCACUGAUCCUGAAAAGAAGCGUAAGAUUAUUGGUAAUACUUUCAUCCACGUUUUUGAAAGAGAAGCCGCCAAGAUUCAACCUAAGGGUGGUGACGAGAUCGAGUUUUUGCUGCAAGGAACUCUAUAUCCAGACGUUAUUGAAUCGAUCUCUUUCAAGGGUCCUUCUCAAACCAUCAAAACACACCACAAUGUUGGUGGUCUCUUGGAAGACAUGAAGUUGAAAUUGAUUGAACCUCUGAGGGAACUGUUCAAAGAUGAAGUCAGACAUUUGGGUGAGUUGCUAGGAAUCUCUCACGAACUAGUCUGGAGGCACCCAUUCCCUGGUCCUGGUAUCGCAAUUCGUGUCUUGGGUGAGGUCACUAGAGAACAAGUUGAAAUUGCCAGAAAGGCUGAUUUUAUCUACAUCGAGGAGAUCAGAAAUGCAGGCCUUUAUAAUAAGAUUUCUCAAGCUUUUGCUUGCUUGCUCCCAGUUAAGUCUGUCGGUGUCAUGGGUGACCAGAGAACUUACGAGCAGGUCAUCGCCUUGAGGGCGAUCGAAACUACCGACUUUAUGACUGCUGACUGGUUCCCAUUCGAACAUGACUUUUUGAAGAAGGUUGCUUCCAGAAUUGUAAAUGAAGUUGAUGGUGUCGCAAGAGUGACUUACGACAUCACUUCCAAACCCCCAGCCACCGUGGAAUGGGAAUAA